CUCUGCCUUUUAUCCUUCUUUACUCUUCCUUAUAGCUCUUAUCACCACCUGCCCUGCUAUAUAUUUACUCAUUAACUAAAAUAAACCAGUCUCCCAUGCUAGAAUAUAGGCAUCUCAGGGCAGGGACUUUCUUUUGUGCCGCUGAGUGACUUGAAUAUUACCUGAACAAAGUAUGUGCCCGAUGAGUAUUUGUAAAGCAGAAGAGGAAGAGAAAGAAGAGGAGGGAGAGUGAGAGUGAAUAACCGUACAGAUGAGGAGGGGCUGGCCCAGGCCCACCGUGGGCCCAGGCAGAGCCACCCUGGCCGCCUUCUCCCCAUAAUGCCCAAGCUCAAGGAGGGAUCGGAGCUGGGGAGGGGAAGGGUACCCGGGCUCAGCCUCACCUGCUAUUGGAGGAGCCAUCCUCAGUCCCUGGGGUGGGGGUAUCUGGACCCAUGGGCUUGGUGGGGUCUCAGCUUCCUUUAAUGGACCUUCCAGGCACUGCUGAGAAAACCAAGUUAACUGUUCCCUGUGGCAGCAAUGAUCAGGAACAGGCUCGUCUCCAGACCCGAGAGAGGCCAGGAGAGGGCUGGGGUGGGCGUGGGGAGGAGGAGGAAAAGUGGUCAUCUGAUGAGUGCCUUCCUGCGCCAGGCCCUGGUCCUUAAAUGUUAUCUCGCUCCAUCCUCCCAUCAGCCCUUGGGGCUCAACUGAUGAUGCCAUUCUUUGGGUGAGCAGACUCGGAGGGUGAAGUGACUUCCUUGCAGCAAGGUGGUGGCUCCGUCAGCCUUGGCGUUGGGGACUUGAGCUUGAAGGUUCUCAGGAUUCGAGUCCUGGCCAGCUCUGUGGCAAGUCACUUCCCCUCCUUGGGUGUCUCAGUUUCCUCAUCUGCUGCCUCUCCAGACUUCUGAGAGACGUUGCAUGUGAAGGUAGCACAGGAGCUGGCUAGCAGCAGGGGCUGCUCCAGGAGUAGGAAAUUGCCCCAGCACGUCACGGACUGCAAGUGGGCCGCUCGCUAAGUCCCGGCCUCUCCAAAUGUAGGAAACCCAGCUGGGCAGCCAUGGAGUGGGACAAUGGCACAGGCCAGGCUCUGGGCUUGCCACCCACCACCUGUGUCUACCGUGAGAACUUCAAGCGUCUGCUGCUGCCACCUGUGUAUUCAGUGGUGCUGGCGGCUGGUCUGCCGCUGAACAUCUGUGUCAUUGCCCAGAUUUGCACAUCCCGCCGGGCCCUGACCCGCACGGCCGUGUACACCCUAAACCUGGCCCUGGCCGACCUGCUGUAUGCCUGCUCCCUGCCCCUGCUCAUCUACAACUACGCCCAGGGUGACCACUGGCCCUUCGGUGACCUCGCCUGCCGCCUGGUCCGAUUCCUCUUCUACGUCAACCUGCACGGCAGCAUCCUCUUCCUCACCUGCAUCAGCUUCCAGCGCUAUCUGGGCAUCUGCCACCCACUGGCCCCCUGGCACAAGUGCGGGGGCCACCGGGCUGCCUGGCCUGUGUGUAUAGCCGUGUGGCUGGCUGUGACAGCCCAGUGCCUGCCCACAGCUGUCUUUGCUGCCACAGGCAUCCAGCGUAACCGCACCGUCUGCUACGACCUGAGCCCGCCCGCCCUGGCCGGCCACUACAUGCCCUACGGCAUGGCCCUCACGGUCAUCGGCUUCCUGCUGCCCUUUGCAGCCCUGCUGGCCUGCUACUGUCGCCUGGCUCGGCGCCUGUGCCGCCAGGAUGGCCCCAUGGGGCCUGUGGCCCAGGAGCGGCGUGCUAAGGCGGCCCGCAUGGCUGUGGUGGUGGCAGCCACCUUUGCCAUCAGUUUCCUGCCUUUCCACGUCACCAAGACAGCCUACCUGGCCGUGCGCUCCACACCAGGUGUCUCCUGCCCCGUGCUGGAGGCCUUUGCAGCCGCCUACAAAGGCAUGCGGCCCUUCGCCAGCGCCAACAGCGUGCUCGAUCCCAUCCUCUUCUACUUCACCCAAAAGAAGUUCCGCCAGCGGCCGCGGGAGCUAAUAUGGAAACUCACGGCCAAAUGGCAGCGGCACGGCCACUGAGUCCGCCAGGGCAGGACUCCCAGGGCCCGGGCAGCUGUCACAUUUGCCAUUGUGGCCAGGCCACCAGCAGCCCCACCAAACCCAAGCCAUGCAGAGAACUAGAGCUCAGCUCGGCUGGCAUGGAGUAAGGUCCCUCACAGACCCCAGGACCUCACCAACAACUAUUUAUUGAGCCCUUUCUCUGGACCAGGCCCUAUGGGCACAGUGACAGACUGGCCUGCGCCUGACUCUUGCGAAGCCAGCCAUGGAGAGCUGGGGAAAUCAUGCUAAGCUGCUCACAAAAAUAUGGUCUGACAUGUA